AUGUCGUCUGAAAUAGAGCCGCAUAUUCUCCGUAAGUACGAGAUCCAGGCGCAGUUAGGACAGGGUGCGUACGGCAUCGUCUGGCGUGCUUCUGAUCGACGCACCCGUCAAGUAGUUGCUUUAAAAAAAAUUUAUGAUGCAUUUCAAAACGCAACUGACGCCCAGCGUACGUUUCGAGAGAUCAUGUUUCUACAGGCCCUGAAGCACCCGAACAUCAUUAAACUGCUGCAUGUACACCGUGCGACUAACGAUAGGGAUAUAUACCUUGUUUUCGAGUAUAUGGAAACCGACUUGCAUGUUGUGAUCCGUGCCAACAUACUGGAGGAUGUUCACAAACGGUUUAUUAUUUAUCAACUACUGAAAACGUUGAAGUAUCUUCAUUCUGCGGAAUUACUUCACCGUGACAUGAAGCCAUCGAAUCUUUUGGUCAAUAGUGACUGCUCAAUGAAGGUAGCGGACUUUGGACUAGCGCGCUCCAUCCUCUCACUGGAGAAGGAGCAGGUGGCUCGCCCUGUCCUCACGGAUUACAUCAUGACCCGUUGGUACCGGCCGCCAGAGAUUCUUUUGGGUUCGACGCGCUACACAAAAGGAGUGGACAUGUGGGCUGUGGGAUGCAUUCUUGCCGAACUCAUUCUAGGGAGACCCAUAUUUCCUGGACGAACCACAAUAAAGCAGCUGGAGCUCAUCAUCAACGUGCUCGGCGAACCGACCCCAGAGGAUAUUGCGUCGACAAACUCUCAGUUUGCAGAGACGAUGAUGAUGCGGGAUAUUCGACGCACAAAUGUUACCACGUUUGCGGAGUUGCUGCCUAAGGCCUCACCAGACGCGCUUGACUUGGUGCAGAAACUUAUGCGUUUUAACCCCAACGAGCGCCUCACCGCGGAGCAGGCGCUCGAACACCCAUACGUCGCCGACUUUCACAAGGUGCAGGACGAACCCUCGGCACCGGCACCGGUAACCAUCUCGCUUCCCGACGACACACGUUUUACGAUGCAGGAGUACCGCGAGCGUCUCUACCAAGAGAUUGCCAACGCAAGAAGAAGGAUACGCCGAGAGGCCGUUGCGGCCUCAACUUCAAAAAAAGUUGCAGAAGCCGUGGAGACACGGGCUCACCCGACUUCCUCCGCUGCGGCCCCAGUGGCGGAAGAAAAACGGGAGAAGGUCCGUGAUCCAGCAAGCACGCGCACCGCGACACACACCUCCUCCUCCUCCUCGGUCGCUGUUCGCCCAAAAUCCUCGGCUGCCACGCGUACGGCGCUGGCGAAUGGCACCAAUCAAACCUCUCUUGCGAGUAGAACGUCGGACCCAACGCGUCAGUUGCAUCAUACCCGGCCCGUUGUUUUGCGUCAUGGGCUCAACGGCUCACGCGCCGCGCACAAGUAG